AAAAGUAGACCAGAAAAUUUUCAUGGUAGAAAUGGGUUCUUUCAUAUUAUAUCUCGUCUUCAUGUUUCUCUUCCCUCUUAGCUUCGAGAUCAUAGCAGCAGAUCCUACUUAUGUUUCUCGUUCCUGUCCUAACACGACAACUUUCACUUCAAACACCACAUACCGUUCCAAUCUCAAUCUCCUACUCACAACUCUCUCCAACUCCACUACCAAAAAUGGAUUCUACAACACCACCGCCGGCGAGAACCCAGACACAGUUUAUGGCCUUUUUCUUUGCCGAGGGGACUUGAGUUCUCAACUCUGCCAAGAAUGCGUCACCUUUGCUACCCAAGACAUCGUUCAGCGAUGUCCUGAAAAAAAAGCAGCCAUGAUUUGGUACGAUGAAUGCUUUCUACGUUACUCCGAUCGGUCCAUCUUCUCCUUAGUCGAGCGAAAUCCGAUGUUAGCAAUAUAUAACACGCAGAAUACAACCCAACAAGAUCUUUUCAAUAAGCUAGUAGCGGAAACCGUGAAUAAUGCCAUUGCUAAAGCAGCGAAUGCUCGAUCAGGUGCUAAAAAGUUUGGGACAGAAGUUGCUAAUUUCACGAGCUUUCAUACACUUUACAGCCUCGUACAAUGCACACCAGACCUGUCUGAAGCUGACUGCAAUAGAUGUUUAAGGCAAGUCAUUGGAUAUCUACCUGAUUGUUGCAGUGGAAAGAAGGGAGCACAGGUUCUAACUCCUAGCUGUAGCAUUAGAUAUGAUUUAUACCCGUUUUAUAACUUGAUGGAGACGGAGAUAGCAGCUUCGCCUCCUUCACCUCCGUUUCUUUCUCCGCCACCACCUUCUCUAACAGGACCUAAAGAUAGGAGCAAUAACCCAUCGGCAAUAAUCAUCGCUAUUGUUGCUCCAAUUGCUGUUUCAGUUUUACUUUUCAUACUAGGUUGCUGUUUCCUAAGCCGAAGGGCAAGAAAGAAGAAGAAAUCUAGAAUAGAAGAAGGAAAUGAUGGAAAUGAAAUUAUGACUGAAGAAUCCUUGAAAUAUGACUUGGCUAACAUAGAAGCUGCCACUAAUUUGUUCAGUGAGGAUAACAAGUUAGGUGCAGGUGGAUUUGGUGAGGUUUACAAGGGUACACUUCCGAAUGGACAAGAAGUAGCUGUGAAGCGGUUAUCAAGAAACUCUAGACAAGGAAUGGAAGAAUUUAAGAAUGAGGUUGUAUUGGUAGCCAAGCUUCAACAUAGAAACCUAGUCAGGCUAUUGGGAUUUUGCUUGGAUGAAGAAGAAAAGAUACUCAUCUAUGAAUUUGUUCCCAACAAGAGCCUCGACUACUUCCUAUAUGGCAGAGAAAAACAAGCACAACUAGAUUGGUCACAACGCUUCAAAAUCAUAGAAGGGAUUGCUCGAGGGAUUCUUUAUCUUCAUGAAGAAUCUAGAUUUAAAGUCGUUCAUCGAGAUUUAAAAGCUAGUAAUAUUUUAUUAGAUAAAAAUAUGAAUCCAAAAAUAUCAGAUUUUGGGCAGGCGAGGAUUUUUGGAGUUGAUCAAACUGAUCAAGCAAAGACAAACAGAAUCGUUGGGACAUAUGGAUAUAUGUCUCCAGAAUAUGCAAUGCUCGGACAAUUCUCGACGAAGUCCGAUGUAUAUAGUUUCGGUGUCUUAAUUCUUGAGAUGAUAACCGGAAAGAAGAAUAGUUCAUUUCCAGGAGACCUCUUGACCUAUAUUUGGAAACAAUGGAGAGAUGGGAUGGCAGAGGAAGUGUUGGAUCCAACGGUGAGAGAUUAUUAUUCAAGAAAUGAAGUAACUAGAUGUAUCCAUAUUGGCUUACUAUGUGUCCAAAAAGAUCCAGCUGAGAGACCGACAAUGGCGAAAAUUGUUCUUAUGCUUAGCAGUCACUCUGUUACUCAACCAUUGCCUCAACAGCCAGGAGUCCUCGCUGAUGGCAGAAGCAAGCAGCCAACAUUGAGAAGAAAAUUGCAAUUAGAUCAACCUACGAGUGUUUUGACACCCUUGUCUGACGACGAAGCAUCAAUUAUAGAAGUGUAUCAUGAUAGGCAGCAUGAACUAGAAAAAGAAAUGGAAAAAUACAAAAAUGUAUUUCGUGGUUGGUUGUUUUUUCACUUUAGAGUAUGUGAUUCACUUCAAAAUAUGUGGUCAAAUUUUAUACAAAUGAAUCCUUUUAAAUUAUCCAUAAGCUUGUCCUUGUUGCUUAGCCUUGCCGUUACUGCAAAAGCACAGCCCAAGUAUAUUCACCAUUUUUGCUCAAACACAACCAUUUUCUCUACAAACAGCACCUACCAAGCCAAUUUAUAUGUCCUCUUCUCUUUUCUUUCCACCAACGCAUCCCGCCCACUUGGGUUUCACUACACAUCCGCCGGCCAGAAUCCUGACGAUGUUUAUGGCUCAUUUCUCUGUCGCGGCGAUUAUAGCCCUGAUGUUUGCCAAGAUUGUGUCUCUUUCGCUACCCAGGUGGACCUAGCCCGACGUUGCCCUGUUGAGGAAGAGGCCAUGAUAUGGUACGAUCAGUGCUUUGUGCGUUACUCAAACAGCUCAUUCUUCUCCACUAUGGAGCAAGAACCUAUGAUAUAUAAUCGGAAUGUGAAUAACGUCACUGACGUAGGUCUUCUUCGAUAUCUAUUGAAUACCACCAUGAGCGUUGCAGCUGCUGAGGCCGCUAGUAUUCCAUCAGAAGCCAAGAAGUUUGCUGUUAAAGAAGUAGAUUUUGAGGAGUCUCAGAAGCUGUACUACCUUGUGCAAUGCACACCGGAUCUAUCUGGGUCUGAUUGUAACUCGUGUCUUCAGAUAGCUAUCUCACUAUUGUUGGAGUAUUGUGAUCGAAGCAAAGGAGGAAGAAUGUGGUGUCCGAGUUGCGGUGUUCGUUAUGAAAUGUACAUAUUUUUUAAUACUACUGUACUAGGAGCGCCACCAUUUUCGCCGGUGGAUGUUCUUCCUCCAGCUACUCGGCGAACUACUGAGAUAGGAACCAGCCCACCAGAAAUGAUUUACACAGGAAAAAGAGGCAUCUCAACUGUUACAAUCGUAGCCAUUGUUGCUGCAAUUUUUGUCUCUGUUGUGCUUUCUGUCUUGAGAUUCUGUUUGGCAAGAAAGAAAUGCAACGGUAUAGAGGACGAUAAAGAGGAAGGUGGAGAAGAGAUUUCUUCCUUGCAAUUUGAUCUGAGUACAUUAACAGUUGCUACAAAGGACUUCUCUGAUGAUAACAAGUUAGGAGAAGGCGGAUUUGGUCAGGUUUACAAGGGCACGCUUCCUGAUGGGCAAGAAAUAGCAGUGAAGAGACUAUCAAGAAGCUCAGUGCAAGGUGCAGGAGAAUUUAAAAAUGAGGUUCUAAUAUUAGCCAAGCUUCAACAUAGAAAUCUUGUGAAGCUGAUGGGAUAUUGUCUGGAAGCACAUGAAAAAAUUCUUGUCUAUGAAUUUGUUCCCAACAAAAGCCUUGACUACUUUCUUUUCGAUCCUGAAAAGCGAGGACAAUUGGAUUGGAGAAGACGUUACAAAAUAAUAGAAGGAAUUGCUACGGGGUGUCUUUAUCUUCAUGAGGAUUCUCGACCUAGAGUUAUACAUCGUGACCUGAAAGCUAGCAAUAUUUUGUUAGAUAAAGAUAUGAAUCCAAAAAUAUCAGAUUUUGGUAUGGCUAGAAUUUUUGGAGUUGAUCAAAGUCAUGCAGAUACAAGUAGAAUUGCUGGGACACUUGGAUAUAUGCCUCCCGAAUAUGCAAUGCACGGACUGUUUUCCGUCAAGUCUGACGCAUACAGCUUUGGCGUCUUAGUUCUUGAAAUUAUAAGUGGAAAGAAGAUUAAUUCUUUCAUUCAAACAGAUAGCGGUACUGAUGGCCUUGUGGGCUACGCCUGGAAACACUGGAGAAAUGGGACACCUAUGGAAGUGUUGGAUCCAAAUUUGGUUGAUUCAUAUUCAAGAAAUGAAGUGUUGACAUGCAUCCAAAUAGGGUUGUUAUGUGUUCAGAAAGAUCCAGCUGAGAGACCCACCAUGAAAACAGUAGUUCUCAUGCUCAAGAGCUAUUCUGCUACUCUUCCAGUGCCUCAAGAACCUGCAUUUUUUAUCCACGGCGCAUCAAGGUGGCGCUUCACCCUGAAUGGGUUGGAGUCCGAUCAGUCUGCUAGCAAGACAGUGUCGUGUUCUGUUGAUGAAGCAUCAAUUACUGAAGUACAUCCUCGAUAAAAAUGAGGUUUUUCUGAAGAUGAAGACAACACUACUGGAAUAUGGAAUGAAUAUUAUUAGAGGCCGGACAAAACUCUGCACACCACCUUUCAGAAACUAUGCUCUGUCUCGGUCUGUACUUUGGAUUUCUUGAAUAAUGGAUUACUUUAUAAUUA